AUGAUUAUCAAUGAAGAAUUCAAGGAAGCUCUGCGACAAAUCCUUUGGCAGUUCAAGGCACCGAUUCGAUAUGCAUUCGCAUACGGGUCCGGUGUUUUCCCACAAAGCGGAUCGUCUGGAGGGAGCUGCCACCCAUCACCUCCGCAAGCAAUUCAGGCAGUGCAGCAAGGCGGCGGGAAGAUGAUCGAUUUCAUCUUUGGGGUUUCACACAGCCAGCAUUGGCACUCUCUUAAUCUCAACCAGCACCGCAAUCAUUAUUCAGGCCUUGGAUCUAUGGGAUCGUAUGUUGUGUCCCAAGUACAGGAAAAAAUGGGAGCUGGAGUCUACUUCAAUCCGUACAUCACCGUGAACGGGACUCUGAUUAAAUACGGGGUUGUUAACAUCGACACCCUUUGCAAAGACCUAAGUCAGUGGGAUUCGCUGUAUCUUGCAGGGCGACUCCAUAAGCCAGUCAAGAUUCUGCGCGAUCAUCCAAGUGUCCGACUGGCCAAUCAAGUUAACCUUCUAUCAGCUGUGCGUGUUGCUUUGCUAUUGCUGCCACCCGAUUUUACGGAGCAAGAGCUAUACCGAAAGAUCGCGGGUAUCAGCUACCAAGGCGACCCCCGCAUGUCCUUUGGCUCGGAGGACCCCAGGAAAAUCCAUAACAUAGUCUCAGCCCAGAUUACGAAUUUCCGUCGACUAUAUGCACCGCUAAUUGACACUCUGCCUAAUGUCUCCUUCAACGACUCUCGAUGCAGCGACCCGGACUGGCUUGACAACCCAGACAUCAACGUUACCUUGGCACAAGACAUGGACCCUAUCAAACGAGGUAACAUGGUCCGGCGGUUGCCCAAAUCGUUCCGGGAGAAACUCUACUUCCAGUAUCAAGGUCGAUUCCAGAUCCCACGCGGGGAAUUCGAUAUUAUGAUGCAAAAGACUGCCGACGAGGACCCAGAACGUUUCCAUCGCCGGCAGGGAAGUGACUUUGACCGGAGAAUUGCUGCCGAGUCUAACCUGAAGGAUGAGGUAACGCUCUCCAUAAAAAACACAAUAUCCUGGCCUAGCACCAGCCAAUCUAUGAAAGGUGUCCUCACAGCGGGUAUUUCCAAGUCGAUGCGCUAUCUCCAAGAGAAACGCCAAAAGUAUAAGGCAUCAAAAGCGUCGACCUCGGAGUCACCAGAGGACAAGCCCAAAGGUGAAUGA